UGUGGGUCACAUCAACAAUAUUUCCCUCAUGGAGAUACAUGUGCAAGUCUAAGUUGGCAAUGUGUGUGUUUAAAAUAGGCGAGUAAGCGUUUUCUUCCCAUCGUUCUUUACGUUGGACGAUUGUUUCACAGCAACCGUAGUUCAACAACGUUAGCUUGUUAGCCCAGCGGAGCAUUUUGAAAGAAGGUUAGCGGGUUGAAGUCAUCGCUAUUCAGCUCACAGACAACAUCUUGAGUUUAAUUUGUAGAGAUGAAGGGAAAAUGGAAGCAGAACAGCAAAAAGAAGAAGGGAAAUGCGGUGUUACAGAAGUACAUGGUGGCCGUGGAUGAGUUUAUUAAGAGCAAAGGAGGCACUGAAGAAGUGGAGAAUGAUCAUAGCAUGAGAUUUGUAAAAAGGAAAAGCAGGAAGGAGCUACGCAAAGAAAAGCGGAAAAUGAAAAAAGCCAAAAUGAAAAGUCAUUAUGAGGGUAAAAAGACUGUCAGUUUACUACUCGAUGAAGGUGAAAAGUCUGAAAUACCAGCUGAUAAACAGCAACAGAAGAAGAAGAAGAAAAUGGAGAAAGCAAAGAAAGAAGUGUCAAAAGCACAUUCAGGCAAGUCCACAGGUGAUCCUACUGAGAAAACAGACAACUCUAAAUCACUAUCAUCUUCCAAGAAAGGAAAGAAAACAAGUAAGCUUCAAGAAUCAAGAAAAAUGGCACUUCUGGAGGCAAAUGAAGCUGAGGAUAGGGAAAUAAAGAAACUAGAGCGGUGUCUGGGAUUAAACAAGAGAAAAAACAAGAAAAGUCUCCCUCAGUCCUUUGUGGCCGAUGGACUUGAUUACGUUCUUGGUGUGCUUGACCCUGGGUCUUCGGCUGUGGGGAUGUAUGGUGAUGAUGAUGACAUGGACAUGGCUAAGGAGAACUUUGAAAAGCUUGAUGAGGAUGAAGACCCUGGAGAUGAGAUGGCGAGUGAUGGUAGUAUUGAGGAUAUGGGUUCGUCUGACGAUGAAAAUGAGUUGGACGAGAAUGACGACGAUGAUGAUGAUGAUGAUGAUGAUAAUGAAAUGGCUGAUGAGGAAGAGGAAAUGGAGGGUGAGCCGAGUGACUUGGAUGAGAAUGACGAUGACGAUGAAAUGGUUGGUGAGGAGGAGGAGGACGAGGACGAAAUUGAGGAUGACCAGGAUGUACUGGAUGAGAGUAAUGAAACUGACUCAGAUGAUGAAAAUGAAGUUGAAGCAAAGGAUAUAGCAGACACACCUGACACAAAGACAUGCGGCUCAAAGUCAGAAACUGUCAACCCCGUAACAGGUAAGUAUGUGCCGCCUCACUUGCGAAGUGCUGGAGAUGAUAAACGCAAAGCAGAGCUUGAAAAACUGAAGAGGAAUGUGAAAGGCCUGGUGAACAGGCUGAGUGAGCCCAACAUGGCGUCCAUCAGUGGUCAGCUGGAGGAGCUGUACAUGAGCUGCAGCAGGAAGGACAUGAAUGACACGCUAACGGAGGUGCUGCUAGCAGCCUGCGUCACUCCAGCUCUGAUGCCUGACAGACUACUGAUGGAACAUGUCCUGCUUGUCAGCAUCCUCCAUCAUGCCGUUGGGUUAGAGGUUGGAGCCCAUUUUCUUGAGACGGUCGUGCGAAAGCUUGACGAGGUGUACAGGAACCCUACUGAAGGCAAGGAGUGCGACAACCUGGUCGCCAUUGUGGGCCACCUCUAUAACUUCCAGGUGGUCCAUUCUCUCCUCAUCUUUGACAUCCUAAAACUUUUUAUUGGAGCCUUUACAGAGAAAGAUGUCGAACUGGUUCUGUUUGUGCUGAGGAAUGUCGGCUUUGCCCUGAGGAAGGACGACGCUCUGGCUCUUAAGGAGCUCAUCUCUGAAGGCCAACGCAAGGCCAGCAAAAUGGGACCGAAGUUUCAGGAUGAGACGAGAGUGCGUUUCAUGCUGGAAACCAUGCUGGCUUUGAAGAACAAUGAUAUGCGCAAGAUCCCAGGCUAUGAUCCUGAGCCUGUGGAAAGACUGAGGAAGUUGCAGAGGACUCUGAUCCAUCGGAGUGCGGCAGGCAAUGACAUGAAACUGAGGGUCUCUCUUGACAGCCUGCUGGCAGCAGAGCAAGUGGGCCGCUGGUGGAUCGUAGGCUCAUCGUGGAGUGGAGCGCCCAUGAUCGCCGAACAAGGGAACGCAAGCUCAAAACCGAGUACUGCUGAAGGACAGUUUAGUGCAAAAGUCUUGGAGCUGGCCAGGAAACAGAGGAUGAACACUGAGGUUAGAAGAAACAUCUUCUGUGUGAUUAUGACCAGUGAGGACUACUUGGAUGCAUUCGAGAAACUGCUCAGGAUGGGCCUGAAGGACAAGCAGGAGAGAGAGAUUGUUCAUGUUCUGAUGGACUGCUGUCUGCAGGAGAAAACCUUCAAUGCCUAUUACGCCGUACUGGGAGAGAAAUUCUGCACACAAGAUCGCCGCUUCCAGAUGACUUUCCAGUUCAGCCUAUGGGACAAGUUCAGGGAGCUGUCCAACCUUCCCAGCAGUGGCUUUAACAACCUGGUCCAGCUGGUUACCCGCUUCCUUCAGAGGAAGUGCCUUUCACUGUCCAUACUCAAGGUAAUAGAGUUUGGGGAACUAGAUAAGGCCACAGUGCGCUUCUUGCGUCAGGUACUGACCAAACUGCUAAAAGAGGCUGACCCUGAGGACUUAGCCAGCAUAUUUGGGAGGAUUUCAGGAAUCCCCAAGCUAGGAAUGCUGCGGGAGGGCUUGAAGCUUUUCAUCAGCCACUUUCUGCUGAAGAAUGCCCAGUCCCAGGGACCAGCUGAGCAAGCAGCGCUGCUGUCAGAGCGCGCCCAGGUCGCCACCAAAGCUAUGGAGGCCAAAGAGGCCAAGCUCAAACUGUAAAACCCACACAAUGACCCACACACACACACACACACGGGAAAGCCAGCAGCCGCACAGACAGCAGAACUGUGGAACAGAGGAAGGCUUGUUAGUUGGACUGUCUUAUACCUGAAGUUUUCUUUAAAUAAGAAUAAAUAUGUUUUGAUAUUAAAUUAAUGUUUUGGCUUUGAGGGGUCCUUGUAAAUGAUGUUUACCGUGACGAUUUUUGAAUCUUGGUGAUACCGAGUCCUUUCAGGAUACACCAGUCUUUGCAUUAUGUGUGUUAUUUUAAUGCAGUGCAUAUUGGCUCUGCUUCAUUGUUUUGCUGCAAAUAACUGCAGAAUAUAUAAACUUUGAUAGUUUAUAUAUUUCUUUUUCAAAAUAUUUUGUCCGUCCUUGUACAUUUGUUAAUAAAACAGGGGCAAAAUAUGUG